AUGGAGGGAAAAUUAGCAAGGGCUAAAGGCAGACACCUUGGUCUCGACGCGUAUUUGAAAACUCUUUUAAGUGAAUUAAACGAGUAUGUUUCUUCGGAAUGCGGUGAUUGCGAGCAAUCUAAACUCCUUGGGUUGAGAAACAAUGUGGCUAGUAUUAUCGAACAAUUGGCGACUGUGCACAGUGAAAUAUUAUCCUUGAUAGAUCCAAAGGACAUUGAGCCGAAAAUUAUUCGUCACAUGAAAGUCUUAGAACUUAGUCACCAAGUUUUGGCAAAGGCGGAUUUGAAACUUGAAGAAAUUAAGCAAGGGCAAA